ACAGUCACUUGUGAUCUCGGCUAUGUUGUAAACACUCUAGGGACUCAGGACCUGUCAACAAAGUACGAGACUACAUGUCAGAACACGGGCGUAUGGACUCCCAAUUACAACUGUGAACCUGUGGAUUGUAGUCUUCCUAGUAUCCCAGACGAUGGCAUCCUUCAGUUGGUAGGCUCAGAUAUCACAGAAACUCAGUAUAACGCCCAGAUCACGUUCAACUGCAGCUCCAAGUAUUACAAACUGGAAGGAGAUGAAACAUACACUUGUAGUGCUAACGGUGAAUGGGUAUCUAGUGGAGGCAAGAUGGAGAUGCCAAAAUGUGUUGAAGUUUGCGGGACGCCUGAAAAACAUACUGCUAGUGCGGGCCGGAUCUUGGGUGGUAAGGAUGCAAACCUGGGAGAAAUACCUUGGCAUCUUUUAAUAAAAGAACCAAAAAGAGGAGGAGCGUCACUGAUAAAUGACCGCUGGGCUGUGACUGCUGCUCAUGUUGUGGAGGAUGUGCAGCAGAACGCACUGCGCAUGUUUGGGGGACUGGUUCAUAGAGAGGCAAUGACAAACAGGUUUUCAAAUGUAGCUGAGAUGGGCAUAGAGCGUAUCAUUAUUCAUCCCCACUACAACACAGGCGUCAGAGAUCGCACCAAUUUUGACAAUGAUAUUGCUCUCAUCAGAUUGGCUUCCAGGGUAGCUUUAGGCCCAAACAUCCUUCCUAUAUGUCUUCCAGAAGGAAACAGAGGUUUGUUGGACAAUGAACAGGGCACAGUAUCAGGCUGGGGGAUGACAGAAGGGCCGCAAGGUUUCCAUCAGUCCAGCACGUUAAAAUAUGUCGAUAUUGGGGUCUACUCCCUCGCACAGUGUCAGGAUACACCUUACACAAAAAGUAAAAAACGCACCGUUUUCACCAACAACAUGUUCUGUGCCGGAGCAACAGGAAAGGACAGCUGCCAGAAAGACAGUGGAGGUCCCUUUGUUCUGCCUGUGUUGAGUGAAGAGGGGCCGUAUUAUUUGACCGGCAUUGUGUCCUGGGGACCCCCAUGUCGGGACAGGCAGUACAAGGGUUACUAUACCAAGGUGGAAAAUUAUGUAGACUGGAUUAAAACAACCAUAGAUGCAGUAGAAACAUCUAUCAUUUAAGGUAGGAAAGGGGGAAAUCCAUAACUAAAUACUUAAAGGUCACAUAUUAUGCAAAUGGCACUUGUUUUUCUAACACUUAUAUGUGUUCCUAGUCUGUCAACAACCCCCCCCCCCAAUUA